UAUAAUACUUGUUUUGAAGAAACAAGACAAGAAGUAAAGUUGUAGUACUAGUGGUGGUGGUGUAGUCGGAGGUCCGAGAAGACAGAGUUGACAAAGUCAGUCAGGGUCAAUUUCGGAGUUCUCAUUCAUCCAUUGCCGUCUCUCAAACCUCUUCCAUUUCUCAAUUCUCCUAUAACCCACAGAACCCCCUUUUUAUCUUCCUCUUCAAUUUCAAUUUUUCAAUCGUAAAACAAACCGUUUUCUCAUCUUAAAUUAUCAUGUCUUUGAAACCGUCGAUUUCCUCGGAGAAUACCAUGAUUCCUUUGUCGGAUCCUCCCAAAACUCAACCCGACGACAAGCUUUUCAAAGGCUCCGCCAUGACCAAACGUGGUGCUUACGCUGCCAUCUCGUACAUGUCCUGCGCUGUUCUAUUGGUGAUGUUCAAUAAAGCAGCUCUUUCUUCUUAUAACUUUCCAUGUGCAAAUGUUAUCACACUUCUUCAGAUGGCUAGUUCGUCUUUUUUUCUUUAUAUAUUGAGGCGCGGGAGAGUAAUUAGUUUUACAGCAAGUGAAUCCUUACUUAUAUCAGAUACUUCCACAAAAUUUGUAUCACUCAAAACUUUGAAGCACACUUUUCCUUUGGCCGCGGCAUAUUUACUUUACAUGCUAGUCACCAUGGAGGCUGUUCGGGGAGUAAAUGUUCCAAUGUAUACGACUUUGAGGAGGACAACAGUUGUAUUUACAAUGUUUGCAGAGUUUGUUUUGGUGGGGCAGAGGUAUACGCAAUCCGUCGUUUUCAGUGUUGGCUUGAUUAUCUUUGGCGCAUUUGUUGCGGGAGCACGGGACUUAUCUUUUGAUGGUUAUGGUUAUGCCGUUGUUUUCAUGGCAAACAUUACUACAGCAAUAUAUCUUGCUACCAUAGCCCGCAUCGGAAAAACUAGCGGUCUUAAUAGCUUUGGCCUUAUGUGGUGCAACGGUAUCCUUUGUGGGCCAGUUUUACUCGUCUGGACGUAUAUUCGUGGUGACUUGAAGACGACAAUCGAUUUUCCUUAUCUCUUCUCACCUGGCUUUCUCGUUAUUUUGCUUUUUUCAUGCAUAUUGGCGUUCUUCUUGAACUACUGUAUAUUUCUCAACACAACUCUUAAUUCCGCUCUAACACAAACAAUUUGCGGUAAUAUGAAGGAUCUAUUUACAAUCGGCUUUGGUUGGAUAAUUUUUGGCGGGCUACCAUUUGAUUUUUGGAAUGUAGUUGGACAAAUUCUCGGUUUCACCGGAUCGGGUUUGUAUGCUUACUUUAAGCUCAUUGGCAAAUAACUUGUUCAAGUCCUCCAGAUGAACAUAGAAUAUGAAUCAAACUUGGUUCUGUGGAACAUGUUAUGGACUAAUCUCAAUAUGUUUAGGAAAUUUUGUUGAAUAGAAGAUGACACAAACAUUUUCUUAGGAAGCAUUCUAGUUCUGCUGUCACGGCUGUAAUGUAAUAAAACCAUCGUUGAUGAUGAUGUAGUAUGUUCACACUUCACAACCAAUGGAAAAUGUGAAUCUUGUGCAUCCUCCUUCUAUUUGAAACUGUUAACAAACACAGUAUUAUUUUAAUCUAUUAAUUUAUUUCACUA